GAAGCAGAGCCAAAGAGAAAGGCAGAUUUUAAGAGUUUGUGGAUAUCAAAACCAAAACGAACAAAUGAACUUGUUGGAAUGUUUUAUCUUUGCGGUGGUUUCCAUUCUUAUAACAGGAGUUAGACGUGUGGUGACGUACACUGAAGUAAUUGCUGCAGAAGGCUCGCAGGCUGUGCUACCCUGUCAGUACCCUGCACCACUGAUCAGCCAUCCACUUAUCAUUGUCUGGAGUCACAUGGAAAAAAGCACUAUUUGGAGAAAGGAACGGAACGGUCUGGAGUACCGGGGUUCCAAAUGGUCCCAGCGUGUGCAGUGCCCCCACAACCAGUAUGACAAGGGUAAAUUCAACCUUCAGAUUAACAGCGUGACUGAGGAGGAUGGAGGGCUUUACUCUUGUAAGCUGGAUGAUGGAAAGCAUGACAAUCAGGUCAUGCUCAGAAUUAUUAAAGUGUCCAUCAGUCCACCAGAUCCUAUUUCAGGGACUUACGCUUCACUCAGUUGUUCGCUGACACCCUGGCGUCAUGGAGUUUCUGUGGAGUGGAGGCUGAACAACACUCCAUAUUUUCCUCAGACUAGAACCAUCUGGAGUAAAGAGAAUGCUUUAAAGAAUUUAAGAGUAACUGAGAAAGAGAGUGGAACCUGGACCUGCGUCGUGAGUUACGAUGGAAAUAAGGGGCAAGCUUCAGCAACUAUGUCUGUGAAAGGAAUCAUCCAACCACCCAAAGAUAAUGCCAAGGUUUAUGCUGCUGUGGGGUCUGCAGUCACUCUCCCCUGUGUGUUCACCCCCAAUUUAAGACCUUUAAGCUCAGGCUGGAAGAAAGUGAAUGCUGGGGGUCCAUCUGCUCGCGACCUCCAACUUCUUUCUUUGCCUCUGUCCUCAUCACCUGCUCGACUCCGCUGGGAUAAGUCCAUCCAUAUUAGUGAGGUCACGUAUGAGGAUGAAGGAAACUACACAUGUGCUGGGACCGUAGGAUCGCAAAGGCUGACUCGGACUAUGCAGCUUGUUGUUGCUAAAGUUGUCCCAUUAAAGGAAAAACACUCUAUGACGCUGACCUGCCAACUGGCCGACGCAAGCGAGGUCAUCAAAUACGAGUGGGUUCAUGUGACUUACGACCAAAAUGGCACAGCGUUAACCGGACCCAUCUGGGAGGGGAAGGAUGUAACUAUUAGUGACGGGUCAGAGGAGAGCUGGAGCGAAUGGACAUGCAGCUUCUAUGGGAAAGAAGGCCUUUUGGGAAAUGUAACAUACAACAUUCACCUGAUGAGUGGUCUGAGUGGGCGGAAAUCCUCGGGUCUCUCAAAUAACACCGCCACCGUGGUCGGACUCAGCUUUCUCCUUGCUGUUCUGCUCCUCAUACUGGCUCAGAUGUACAAAAACCACCAAAGGAGGAAAAGGAUCUUCCAGUACCCUGCCCUGGAGACCAUUGUUCACACCAUCUCCAACGAGCGGGAGGAGAGAGAGAGGAACCGAGAGAAAAAUUAAAGACAUAUAAAAUUCAAGACUUCGCUGGAAGAAUUUCAGAGCACUAAACUGAAGUGAAAUCUUUUGCCGCCUGCAAUAUUUUUGAGAGACUCUUGUUUACACAGAUUUUGUAAAUAUUUUCAGAGCAGAUACUGUAGCAAUGCUGCUUCAUUCAAAAAAAAAAAAAAUGAAGUGCAUGAUAUCCUUUAUUUCAACUGUAAAUGUUUUUAACUGUUUGUGUGUGAUGAUUUAUUUGCUUGUAUAUGACAAA